AUGAGUCCCACUACUAAGGAGAAAGAAGAGCAAUCGCGCUACUACAAGGAAGCCCUCGAGGAGUUCAAAGAGGCACAGAGAGAAAACGAACAAGAGGAUGAAAGUCCCGACGAGUGGGAUCAAAGAAUCACUGAUACAGGUUGUUAUGUAGAGAAUCUGGCUUUACAACUGUGCCAUGCGGAGACAAAUGAUUGGAGACAAUGUUUCAAAGAAAUGGAAUUCUUUAGACAAUGCUGGGAUUCCAAGGGGAAUAAUGAAAGAGUUAAUACAGUGGAUAGACCUAAACAAGUGGUACAAGAUGAAUUAAACAAAUAG